UCACGACACGCAAUCGCUCAACUAACGACAGUAGGCAAGAUGAAGUUCCUCAAGGUCGGCCGUGUCGCCAUCAUCACCCGGGGCCGCUAUGCCGGCAAGAAGGUCGUGAUCAUCCAGCCCCAGGACACCGGCUCCAAGUCGCACCCCUUCCCCCACGCGCUCGUCGCCGGUAUCGAGCGCUACCCCUCCCAGGUCACCAGGCGCAUGUCGAAGGCGCGCCAGACCAAGCGCUCCAAGGUCAAGCCUUUCAUCAAGACCGUCAACUACAACCACCUGAUGCCCACCCGCUACACGCUCGAGCUCGAGGGCCUGAAGGGCGUCGUCACCAACGACACGUUCAAGGAGGUUUCGCAGCGCGAGGACGCCAAGAAGACGGUGAAGAAGGCGCUGGAGGAGAGAUACCAGAGCGGAAAGAACAGGUGGUUCUUCACUCCUUUGCGUUUCUAAGCGUCUCGUUUCUUACGGUUAUGUGGCAUUGCGGUGGGACACGGCUUUCGGGUCCGGCGACAACAAAAAAAUGUAGCUGGAUAUUCAAUCCAUUGAGCAAUACUGCAUAGGGUCAAACUCCUCCACGCUUGUCGCACCCUGUCGAAGUGAUUGCCGGG